AUGCCACUCUUGGAUGAAGGGCCAGGCUCCGACCCCACUCUGAUGACAGGAACAGAGGCGGGCAAUAUGGCACCAUUGGACGAGAUGACAUCGCACGACGCUGGUUCGUCAAAGAAAAAGCAGGGGAGAGGGGCGGCACGAAUGCCGCGUGGAUGGGGAAAAGAUCACAGGAUGCUUGUAUUCACAUCGCCGGAAGGUAAAAGCAUCGUCGGACCCGACGUAAACGAGUACAAGACAGCCAUUGGGGUCAUUGCACGCAACGGAGCUCGACUUCCUCUACAUUACCCCACGUUCGCUGAGAUACCGGAGACGAAGAGACAGGGUGCAUGGAUGGAGGUUCAGAGUAACAGCGGAUUACCAGACUCAGCGGAGAAAGUGGUCUUGGCUGACCUAAGGGAAGUUUGGAGGCACUGGAAAUACAACAUCAAAUCAACUUACUUCAAUCCGAUCGAGGACGAUGAAGAAGCACUGAAGAAGGUUCCCUCAAGCAGGAUUGUGCCCGAUCAGUGGCCGAAGUUGGUUGAGUAUUGGCGCGACGAGAAGGUGAAGCUUCAAUCCAAGAAAAAUGCGUCGAACGUAGCGAAAAGAAGCUUUCCACAUCGUACUGGGCGGAAGUCAUUCACGACUCUGGCAGAGGAGAUCAAGGCAAAGGGGAAGGACCCCGACAAUCUGGAGAUUUGGAUUUCCAGUCGCACACAACGCAAGGGAAAGGAUGACCAAGAAACCGAGGAGAUAUUGAAUGAGCUAAACAAGGUUCCCCCUGAAGGGCGGACUCCCUCUGUUCGGGAGACUCUGUACCGACGGGCCCUUGGGGGAAAGAUUAAGAAGCGGUCAAAGGUCGACAGUGCGGCAACUUCAGCUCAUCCCCGCAGCGAGUCAUCUGGUUUAACAGACAGUGUAGCAUUCCAGCAUGGGUGGGAACAACUACAGAAUGGAAUAGAGGAGCUGAAGGCAAUGAUGGAUGAGUUCAAAACCAUCAAGGCUGAUGUGUAUGCAUUCAUGCACAGAAACUCCGGAGCGGUUACUGGCCAGGCAGGCACAUCUCGUAUUGAUUCAGUCCCUGAGAUUCCCAGGCCUGUGUCCGAGCCAAGCAUGACGGUAUGA